AUGAAUUGCACGGGUUUGAACCUAGGGCCAAAGACCAAAGUUCCUGCUGUAGGGACAGCAUCCUUAAACCUGGCUGAUUUUGCAUGUACAGUAGAGGAGAAAGAAUUUGAAAUUAACAUACCUCUGGCAGUUCCAAACGCAGUUCCAGGCAAUGCAGCUGAGCUUCGUCCCUCACUCUGUAUAUCAAUCUGCUUAAUGGAACUGAUAACUGCUCAAGAACCAACAGAAGCAGUGCAGAGGUCGAUAGCUCCUGUUCAGUCCCCACUGCAAUCAAUCGAAACUUCUUCAAUAGAGAAAGAUGAGCUUUCGGCACUUAAAGCUGGUCUUAGAAAGGUGAAAAUCUUUACAGAAUAUGUUUCAACCCGAAGAGCUAAAAAGGCUUGCCGUGAGGAAGAGGGCAGUGAUGGCAGGUGCUCUGGAAGGAGUGAGGACGGCGAUUAUGCAUACCCCUUUGACUCAGACUCGGUUGAUGAAUUUGAGGAAGGAGAAUCAGAUGAGGGCAAGCAGGACUCUAAUGAUAGGAAGUCAUUCAGUUAUGGGCCUUUGGCUUAUGCAAAUUAUGCAGGACGGUCAUUUAAUUGCAAUAUGAGAGUCAAAGGUGAGGAUGAGGGCUGGAUUUACUACAGCAACCGCAAAUCAGAUGUGGGUUGCUCACACAUGGAGGACUCGACUUCCUCUAUUGCUGAGCCAUCUCUGUUGCAGAAACGAAGUAUUCUACCUUGGAGGAAGAGGAAGCUAAGUUUCAGAUCUCCUAAAGCCAAAGGAGAGCCGCUUUUAAAAAAGGCCUAUGGAGAAGAAGGAGGAGAUGACAUUGACUACGACCGUCGGCAACUUAGUUCUGACGAAUCUCUUUCUUUUGGGUGGCAUAAGACUGAUGAAGAUUCUAGUGCAAAUCGAUCAUCAGUAUCUGAAUUUGGGGAUGACAAUUUUGCUGUCGGCAGUUGGGAACAGAAAGAAGUAACGAGCCGUGAUGGACAUCUGAAACUUCAAACUGAGGUCUUCUUUGCUUCCAUCGAUCAGCGGAGUGAGCAGGCAGCAGGCGAGAGUGCAUGCACAGCCCUGGUUGCUGUGAUUGCCGAUUGGUUGCAAACCAACCAUGGUCUCAUGCCUAUUAAGUCACAGUUUGACAGUCUGAUCAGAGAAGGCUCAUUGGAGUGGAGGAAGCUCUGUGAAAAUAAAACUUAUAGGGAGCGGUUUCGUGACAAGCACUUUGAUCUGGAAACAGUACUCCAAGCCAAUAUACGUUCUCUUUCUGUUGCUUCUGGGAAGUCCUUUAUCGGGUUUUUUCAUCCAGAUGGGAUGGAGGAGGGGAGAUUUGAUUUUCUGCAUGGGGCCAUGUCCUUUGACAGUAUAUGGGAUGAGAUCAGCCGGGCUGGUUCAGAAUGCCCUGGAAAGGGUGAAACCCAAGUUUAUAUCGUCAGUUGGAAUGACCAUUUUUUUGUCCUCAAGGUUGAUCCAGAAGCUUACUACAUCAUUGACACAUUAGGGGAGAGGCUCUAUGAGGGAUGCAGUCAGGCUUAUAUCUUGAAAUUUGACAGAAAAACGACAAUUUUUAACCUGCCCAAUGCCACAAAAUCUUCAGAAGAAAAACCUGCUGAUGACCAGCAGAUAGUUGUUUAUGCUGUGGAAUCCAAACACCAGCAGACUCCGCAGAUCAACCCAAAUGAAUGUUCUGUAGAAGGGCCACAAGUAACCGAACCUGAAGAAUCAAUGAAGACUGAAGAGCAAGAAGAGGUUGUAUGUCAAGGAAAGGAAUCGUGUAAGGAGUACAUAAAGAGCUUCUUGGCUGCAAUCCCAAUAAGGGAAUUGCAGGCAGAUCUAAAGAAAGGUUUAGCUUCAUCAACGCUUCUCCAUCACCGAUUACAGAUUGAAUUUCAUUUCACACAGUUGCAACAUCCAGCACCCGAAACUCGAGCAAUAGAAGUAGCCACGGUCACACCCAUGCCCUAA